UUGUGUGUUAAUUAAUUCAACAGUGAAGUGGUUUAAUGUGGUGAAUGUUAGCUGGUGGCGAAACUGUCAAUUACUAUAAUGCAUUUAUAGCAUUGUGCAACUAAAUGACGCAGAAGACGGGUGCACUGUUUUCAUAACCAACAUACCAUUCAAUAUAGACAAUAAUCAACUGAAGGAGUUUGCUGAGAGAACUGGACCCGUCAAAUACGCAUUAAUCUGUAUGGAUAAUCUCACAGAACAUUCCAAGGGUUCGGGCUUUGUUAAGUUUGCCAACAAUGAAGAUGCAAACCGUUUCUUAUCCCUUCCACAAUCUGAGCUGAAACUAGACAGUCAGACGAUGCAGGUAAAGCCUGCUCUCAAGAAGGAGAACUUACAGAAUGGGAAAAAGAAGGAACCUAAGGAUAAUAGAAACUUGUAUUUAGUUAAAGAAGGAGUCAUUGUAGCGGGAACCAAAGCUGCAGUUGGAGUUUCAGGUUCAGAUAUGGCUAAACGAUUGGCUCUAGAAAGAAGUAAAACGCAAAUGCUCAAGAAUUUAAACAGAUUCGUAUCACGAUACCGCAUUGUGGUCUCUAAUCUACCUGUGUUUUUCGACGAUGGGAAACUGAGGAAGAUAUGUGCUAAUGCCGUUAGUAGAAAUGCUGUUAUAACGGAAGCAAGAGUUAUGAGGGACUUGAGAGCUCCUCCGGGGAAAGAUGGGAAGCAUCCUUCAAAAGGUUACGGCUUUGUUAUGUUUACGAGACACGAAGAUGCUUUGGCGUGUCUAAGGAAGUUGAACAACAACCCUGACGUGUUUGACAACAACAAUAGACCAAUAAUCUCGUUUUCUAUCGAAGACCGCACCGCGUUAAACGCCCGAAAGAAACGCCUAGAAAAAUCCAUUGCCAACAAUCCAAUAGCCAAAAUAGAGGAAAACGAAAAAAGCGAUAAGAGAAAUAGGAAACGAAAAAUGAAAAUGCCUCCAGAUGAGAGCUACGUUAAAAAAGGAAGGUUCCAGAAGAAUAAAACAUUCAAUGAAGUUGGGAAGUUCGUUAAAAGACCAAUAGACAUAGAUGAAUUCGCUGGGAUAACAGCUAAACAAGGUAAUCAACAUAAAAUAAGGAGCAAUCAGAAGUUACGAAGCCAAGCUGAAGUACAUCGACAGAACGUGAAGUUUGAGAAGAAGAAAAGUGAACGAGCUAAGCGAUUAAAAAUGGCGGCGAAAGAAAGAGUUAAACAACCUAAACAGCCUAUAAAUAAAAACAAAACAACAAAAAGGAGGAGAUUCAAGCGAAACAAGAGUGUGUUGUAAUCUACGGGUUUGUUUUAGUAACCGACAACGGCGAAGCCAAAAGGAGGUUUAUUU